AUGGUUGCUGAACUUGGACAAUAUGCUCAUGCAAUUGGGACGGGUUCCAACAAUUUGAUGGAACCCCAAAGUAUCAAAGCAAUUUACAUUGAACCUACGAAGGGACAACGUACUGGGCACCGAGUGCUCAACCUGAAUACUAAGAAGAUGAUUUCCCGACCCAAGGUCGUUGUACUACCCGUUACCGACCAAGUAAUCCAGCUUGUUGAAGCUUGGGCUGCUGCCAAGGGUGUUACUUCCAUGAUUUUUUUCGAUAAGAAGAGAGAUUUGGAGACAUUUCAAGAUGGCAAUGAAAUUGCAGGAGUGGAUGACACGGAACAAGACGACAAUUGGGGUGAUGAAGACGACAAAGAGGAAGAACCUAUUGUGGCCGUUUUGGAUUACCAUCAAGAAAAUGUCGAUAGAGGAACCGAUGAAAUUGGGAGCCUCGUUACUGAUCUGGAGGACCUACAAGAGCCGUCAGAAGAAGAGAUUGUAUUUGAGCCUGAAAUGCCUCAAGUACCAAAAGUCACUCAAUCUGGUGGGCAAACGUAUGCGCAAGCUGCAAUAUCGGGUAAGGGCAAAUCUACGGUAUGGGCGCAACACAGCAGCUUCUUCCGCUCUCAAGGCAGACAGCAUGAUCCAAGGGAGGCGUUUAUGGUGGACCUUUGA